AUCAAAAGUAAUUGUGUGAUUGUUAGUUCAAUUCUUCAGUGCUUGUGCAAAAAUGGCAAGGCAAGUGAUGCCGUUGAUCAGUUCAGUCGUUUUAAGAAUAAAGGUAUUUUUCUUGAUGAGGUGGCUUAUAAUGGUGUAAUUGAUGCUUUGUGCAAACUCGGUAGGUUUGAAGAGGCUGAGAAGUUGCUUGAUGAGAUGAAGGGUAAGAGGAUGACACCUGACAUCGUGCAUUACACUACUUUAAUAAAUGGGUAUUGCCUCCAUGGAAGAAUUUUGGAUGCAAUGGGUUUAUUUGACAAAAUGAAAGAGAAAGGCUUGAAACCCGACGUUAUUACUUAUAAUGUGCUUGCUGGUGGAUUUUCUAGAAAUGGCCUUCUUAAAGAAGCACUUCACCUUUUGGACCAUAUGAAGGGACAAAGGUUGACACCAACAACAGUCACACAUAAUAUGAUUAUUGAGGGCUUAUGCAUUGGAGGUUAUGCAGAGGAGGCUGAAAUAUUUAUCAAUAGCUUGGAGAAUAAAUCCACAGAAAAUUAUGCUGCCCUGGUGAAUGGGUAUUGUGAGUUAGGCAACACCAAAGGUGCCUUUGGGCUUUUUGUUAGACUGUCAAAACAAGGUGUUUUAAUUAAAAGGAAAUCUCCUUUGAAGCUUCUAAGUAACCUAUGUCUCGAAGGAGAAUAUGAAAAAGCAUUGAAGUUGUUCGAGAUAGUGUUGGCUUUAGGUGACGACACUUGUAAAAUAAUGUACAGCAAACUAAUAGCUUCCUUAUGUAGUGCUGGAGAUAUGAAAAGCGCCAGAUGGGUGUUCGAUAAUCUGAUUUGGAGAGGAUUAGCACCUGACGUGGUCAUCUAUACUGUGAUAUUAAAUGGUUAUUGCAGGUCGAAUAGCUUACAGGAAGCCCUUAAUCUUUUUGAUGAUAUGAAGAAACGGGGCAUUUCUCCUGAUGUUAUCACUUAUACAGUUAUGCUUGAUGGCCAUUCGAAGAAUAUAAAGAGAGAUCGAUUGUCAUCAGGUACAAGGAGGAAUGUCAGAGAAAGAAAUGAUACAGGGUUGAGUAUUGAGGAAAAGAUGGAUCCUUCAGUUUUUUUGAGUGAAAUGAUCGAGGAGGAAUUGACAGCUGAUGUCAUUUGCUACACUGUUUUGAUUGACAGUCGAUGUAAAUCAGAUAACAUUGAUGAUGCUAUUUGCCUUUUCACUGAAAUGAUUGAUAAAGGCUUAGAACCUGAUAGUGUUACGUACACAGCUCUGAUAUGUGGCUAUUGUAAGCAAGGACAUGUUGAGAAGGCUAAAGACCUUGUGAAUAAGAUGUGGAGAAAGGGAAUACAACCAGAUAGCCACACCAUCUCAGCAUUACAUCAUGGAAUCAUAAAGGCCAAAAAGUUGCACCUUAGGCAUCACAAUAAUUCUGCCAAAAAUCAGAGGAGAUGGUAAAUAUUCAAUUUAAUGUGAAGAACCACAUACCUAGUUAAUACUGGAAAGAAAAGAGUUGGUGCUCCUGACGUAGCUAAGCAAGCAGUGCUGUGAUCAUGAGACCUAAAGACCAGAUAUUUGACCAACACUUUAUUUCUUCCGGUAGUAAAUGGACCUACAGAGGUCUCAUGCUGACAUAUCUCAGGAUUUCCUGACAGCGCUAGUGGGUGCUGAGUGGCGGGCUGAAUAGUUUGAAAGUCCAUACCACUUGUGAGUUGGUUUCUUUCUGAACGGUGAGGCUUGCAUAAAGUGUCUUUUUUUUCCUUUUCAGUUUUUAACUUUCUCCCUCCCUCUAUGUAUUAUAAAGUACUUGCACAUUGGAGGUACUUCAUCUCACAUGAUAUUUGUGUAGUUAUAUAGGUUAUACUAUGCUGCUACUUUUAUUGCUGUUCUUUCUUUUUAGCCUUCUUGCUUUUCAAGCUUACUUUCUGCAGAUUUCUGUGAAUUUGAUUAUAUGAUUGUUUUUGCAUGAAUACUUUCCAAGCUAAGCUUGAAAGUUUUUAAACUUUUAAUCUGCAAAAGGUAAAUUUUUCCUGUUCUGUUUAUGAAAUUGCAUGACCUCUGAGUUAGUCACUGCUUAGCUGCUCAUGAUGAAGACACUUUCUCGGCUGGCAGAACGAAUGCAGGUUAGAAGUUAAAACUCCUUGUCAUCUGCAGCUGGCAGAACCAAGAUGGGCAACUUCACUAAACUCCUGAGUCCACACAUAAGGGAUGGGAGUAACACUAAGAAAAGAUGGUUUAUUAGAAGUUGGUUCAUUGUAGAACAAAUACU